CCCACUUCCACUCGGCUCAAGAUGUCGACAGAAGACUAUGACGAGUUCGGGAAUUAUAUCGGUGCAGACCUCGGGUCAGACGAGGACGACGAUGAACUCGACUUUGAACCUUCUGCCCCGGCAGCUGCGUCCGUACCGGGGCCAUCGACAGGAGCUGGGUAUGCUCCUCUAGAGGGUUUGGACGAGGAUGAGCCGAUGGAUGAGGAUGGUGGGAUGGAGAUGACUUUGCAUGGUGUGGAUGGUACGGCAGGAAACCAAGUCAUCCUACACGAAGACAAAAAAUACUAUGCCACAGCGGAAGAGACGUACGGUCCGGACGUUGAGACCAUGGUUCAAGAGGAAGAUCUGCAACCAUUGACAGAACCUAUCGUGGCGCCUAUCAAAAUACGGAGUUUUACCGUUCAAGAAAAAGGACUUCCUACGACUCGUUUUGACAAAAGUUUCAUGAUAGAUCUCAUGAAUUACCCUUCUAUGAUACGUAAUGUCACGGUGGCUGGACAUAUACAUCAUGGCAAGACUUCUCUUCUGGAUAUGCUAGUUUUUGAAACUCAUCAACUUACAUGGGACGUCGAUACACCUACACGUUAUACUGACACCCAUACACUGGCCCGACAAAGAGGCAUAUCUAUUCGUUCCGCUCCCAUGUCACUCGUUCUCCAAGAUUCUCGGGGCAAAUCAUCUUUGAUAAAUAUUAUCGACACACCCGGUCAUGUCAAUUUCGUCGAUGAGAUAGGGUCUGUGGCACGGUUGGUAGAUGGGGUUGUGUUGGUGGUGGAUGUGGUGGAAGGAGUGAUGCACGGCACGGAACAGGUCAUUAGACAUGCUUUGCAGGAGAAAUUGAAGAUGGUUUUGGUGGUGAAUAAGAUGGAUAGAUUGAUAUUGGAAUUGAGAUUACCACCGUCAGAAGCCUUCUUCAAGAUAAAACAUACCAUAGAGGAGGUGAACUCGAUGAUAGCCUCAAUAGAUCCCGACCCUUCCCUCCGCCUCUCACCCGAACGAGGUAACGUCGCAUUCGCCUCCACUCAAAUGGCUUGGUGUUUCACACUUCGGACAUUUGCCUCGAUGUACGCAGACACGUUCGGGUCUUUCAAUGUGGAUGAUUUUGCCAUGCGGUUGUGGGGUAACAUCUACUUCGAUCCUGAAAGACGCAAAUUCACGAGAAAACCUGCCGACGUGGAAAGCAAGAGAUCAUUCGUGCAUUUCAUCCUGGAGCCAUUAUACAAGUUGUACACUCAGGUUCUCUCAGAAGAUGCCGAAACACUCAAAGAAACCCUCGCCGACCUUCGUAUCACACUCCGACCAUCAGCAUACAAGAUGGAUGUUCGACCUUUACUUAAAGUCGUUCUUGAGGCUUUCUUCGGUCCAUCGACAGGACUUGUUGAUAUGAUCACCCGUUUCCUUCCUUCUCCCGUGGACAGUGCUGAAGAUAAGAUUCGACAUACAUAUACCGGACCUAUGGGUACCGAUAUCGCCGACUCUAUGAUCAAAUGUGAUCCUCAAGGUCCCACCGUGAUCCACGUCACCAAACUGUAUCACACUUCCGAUGCUCAAGAAUUCCGCGCCUUUGGUCGAGUGAUGAGCGGUACCAUCCGUCGCGGUCAAACGGUCAAAGUCCUAGGAGAAAGCUACAGUCUGGAAGAUGAAGAAGAUAUGGUUUCUGCUACUGUUGACGCGUUGGCAUUAGACGAAUCAAGAUACACCGUCGAUAUCGAUUCCGCUCCUGCCGGUUCAUUAGUUUUGAUAUCAGGUGUGGAUGCUUCCAUUACGAAAACAGCAACGAUCGUAUCUCCUUCCAUAGAAGACGAUUUGUAUAUAUUCAGACCUAUAAAACACAUCACUCAAUCAGUAUUAAAAGUUGCCGUGGAACCUAUAUCACCUUCCGAAUUACCAAAGAUGUUAGAUGGGUUGAGAAAGGUCAACAAGGCUUAUCCGUUAGUAGUGACUAAAGUGGAAGAAUCAGGGGAACAUGUUAUAUUAGGGACGGGAGAGUUAUAUCUGGAUUGUGUGCUACAUGAUCUGAGGAAAUUAUUUAGUGAAAUCGAGAUCAAGGUUUCGGAUCCAGUCACCAAAUUCUGCGAGACGGUAGUGGAGACUAGUGCGUUGAAAUGUUAUGCGGAGACGCCUAAUAAGAAAAACAAAAUCACAAUGAUAUCAGAACCAUUAGAAACAGGUAUAGCCAAUGACAUAGAAUCUGGUAAAGUCACAAUGCGUAUGUCUAACAAAGAACGUGGCAAGUUCUUUGAAUCGAAUUAUCAAUGGGAUCUGUUGGCAUCACGAAAUAUUUGGGCAUUCGGACCAGAAGAUAAUGGUCCGAACGUAUUGAUAAAUGAUACUUUGCCUUCGGAGGUCGACACGAGACUGUUAAGUAGUGUACGAGAAAGUGUCAAGCAAGGUUUUCAAUGGGGAACGAGAGAAGGACCUUUGUGUGAUGAACCCAUCCGCGGGGUAAAAUUCCGUAUUCUCGACGCCACCCUCGCACCCGAACCUAUAUAUCGAGGUGGUGGUCAAAUAAUCCCAACAGCUCGUCGCGUUUGUUAUUCUUCUUUUCUUCUAGCAACUCCUCGAUUACUCGAACCAGUUUAUUACGUCGAAGUUCAAGCUCCUGCAGAUUGCGUAGCAGCAGUUUAUACCGUUUUAUCACGUCGAAGAGGUCAUGUCACUCGUGAUAUGCCAAAACCUGGAUCACCAUUAUAUACUGUCAAAGCUUCGAUACCUGUUUUAGACGCUAAUGGUUUCGAAACGGAUUUACGUACGGCAACUAUGGGACAAGCAUUUUGUCAAAUGUCUUUUGAUCAUUGGCAAGUGGUACCUGGUGAUCCGACAGAUACAAGUAUACAAUUAAGACCUUUGGAACCUGCUACAGGACAGAGUUUAGCUAGGGAUUUGAUGUUGAAAACUAGGAGAAGAAAAGGUUUGAGUGAUAGUAUUGCCGUUAGCAAGUAUUUGGAAGAUGAGACAAUCAUCGCUAUCAGCGCUUCGGGUAAUGCCGAUUUACUAGGAUAGUUUGGCCCAAAUUAUGCAUAGCAUAUCCGUUUG